UGCUUCAACGCUUGGUUGAACAUGGCAGGGAUAGUUUCACUUCAAGACUCUGCCGUAGAGAGAAGAGAUGUCUCCUGGACUCGGCCAGAAGCAGUGACAUCUAUCAGUCCUCACACAUUGGGUCAAGUGUCAGAGGCCAUGGUGCUGGACAGUCAGUGUGGAGUUCUUGUGCACAAGCGAUCUCUCCAGAACAUCCCCUACAGGAAGGUGCAGCAGCUGUUUGCCAAGCACAUCAAGGCAGUCGGCCACAAGACUCUCAGUCCUUACUUUAGAGAUGAAAACAUUGACUUCUUCUACUUGAGCAAGAGUGAUGUCUACUUGGUGGCAGCUCACCCAGCGCCGGACACAGACACUGCGAUCUCUGUUGUGGUUUAUCUAGAUUUUCUCCACAGGUUACAUGAUGUCCUCAAAGACUGUAUUGGAACUGUCAAUGAGCCAUAUGUGGCUGUCAACAGAAUGCUGGUGUUUGAACUCUUGGACAAGAUGCUGAAUGCUGGCUACAGUGUUGUCUCCUCCUAUGCAGACAUGAAAGCUAAUCUCACCUUUGAACCCAUUCGACCAAAAAUUGUUCCACAGGAUGAGAUAGCUUCACGGUUUUUUGGGAUUUACACCGCUGACAAGUCACGGGCACACAGCGGAUCAUCUCAGAGCAAGCACAAGUCUCCAAACUCGGUUUAUCUCAACAUCGUGGAGGGCUUGUCUGCCGUCUUGGGCCCACAUGGUGAGGUGUCCAGUUCUGAGCUCUGGGGCAAACUGACACUUAUCAGCACCCUGGAACGACCGUUACCCAUCUUGAUUCAGCUGAGUCCAGACUUGGUGAUUCGAACCUCAGGGACUGCACAGGGUCAAGUCGCCGGGGCCACUCAUAUAGAAAACCCAAGUUUUCAUCCCUGUGUGGACACUUCCCAGUUGGGAAGCAACAGAUUGUUAAGAGUGUUUCCUCCUGCGGACCAGACUCGUCUGAUGAUCUACACACUGUCAGAUUCUGCCUGCAUCAACAUCCCUGUCCUGGUGGUUCCAUCCCUGGUCCCUGUUGAUGGAAGCAGAGAUCAGAACCUACACCUGCGACUUAUCAACCAGGCAGAGAGCCAUGCUACAGCUUCCUACAUCAGGGUCAAGGUCAAGCUACCACACUGUGUCUCCAGUGUUGCCACCACCAAGCAUGGAGAACAGACGGCUCAGUCCAGCAACUUUGUUCCUGCAGAGAAAUUUGUUGAGUGGGAGGUGAAGAGGUCUGAAGGUGGUUCUGAAGCUGCCAUCACUUUCAGGCUGAUCCUGAACACAGACAAGAGCCUUGAACUGGCUGACAUUGGGCCCAUCUCUGUGGCCUUCAACUUGACCAACUUCUCUGCAUCAGGUCUUGUGGUGAAAGUGGCAAGGGUCGAAGAGCACACAGACCCUACCAGCCCCACCCACGAGUGCUACUUUGGUGUUUCCACAAAGGCGGCCUCAUACACUGUCAGGACUGACAACACUAAAGAGUCGCCACUGUCAUGA